AUGCCGCGCCAGGCCACCCCGCCAACGUUGGCUGGAGCCGGUGGCGGGGCGCAAGGGGCCCGGGGGGCGGCGGCCACCAUGCUCCGCUCCCUGCUGCUUCACUCACUGCGGCUCUGCGCCCAGACGGCCUCGUGCCUCGUGCUCUUCCCGCGCUUCCUCGGCACCGCCUUCGUGCUGUGGCUCCUGGACUUCCUGUGCAUCCGCAAGCACUUCCUGGGCCGUCGCCGUCGGGGCCAGCACGAGCCCCAGGUGGAGCUCAACAGCGACGGCGAGGAGGUGCCCCCCGACGACCCGCCCAUCUGCGUGUCCGACGACAACCGCCUUUGCACCCUGGCGUCGCUCAAGGCUGUAUGGCAUGGCCAGAAAUUAGAUUUCUUCAAGCAGGCCCACGAGGGCGGCCCGGCACCCAACUCCGAGGUGGUCCUGCCCGAUGGCUUCCAGAGCCAGCGCAUCCUCGACUAUGCGCGAGGGAACCGCCCUCUGGUGCUCAAUUUCGGCAGCUGCACCUGACCCCCGUUUAUGGCGCGAAUGAGCGCCUUUCAGCGCCUAGUCACCAAGUACGGGCGCGACGUGGACUUCCUCAUCAUCUACAUCGAGGAAGCGCACCCCUCCGACGGCUGGGUCACCACAGACUCCCCCUACAGCAUUCCACAGCACCGAAGCCUGGAGGACCGCGUCAGCGCGGCACGGGUCCUGCAGCAAGGUGCGCCCAGCUGCGCGCUGGUCCUCGACACCAUGGCCAACUCCAGCAGCUCGGCCUAUGGCGCCUACUUCGAGCGCCUCUAUGUCAUACAGAAUGGCACAGUCAUGUUCCAGGGCGGCCGUGGGCCCGACGGCUACCAAGUGGCAGAGUUGCGCACCUGGCUGGAGCGCUAUGAUGAACAGCUGCACAGUGCUCAGCCCCGUCGCGUGUAA